GAAAGAGAAAAUUGUGAAAAGUGAGUUAAGGAUAAAGUGGAAUGAAAGUUAGGUGUGUGACGCCUUCACUGACUUAGGAAAAGGAAGAUUACGGGCAAUUCUAUGACAAAAAUGGCUAAAAACCCCCCCGAUAGAAACACUGUAAGAAACUUUUAAACUUAUGCUUGAAAUUCUGUCUGGACACUCACCACAAGUUUGGUGGAGCCGACGUCCCUGUGUCCAAUCACAGCAGAGUUGAAAAAACACGUUAGCAUCGACUAAACUCUCAGCCUCGUGACCUGACUCUCACUGAUGGGACCAUGAAGCCGAUCAUAGAGAAGACAUUGACGACAGCCUUCCUCAGUACAGCUUUGUUCUCUCCUGGUCUUACAUUUGGACUCGGUUUUGCUUUUUUGUUUUCCUUUUUCUGCCUUCCUGUUCUCAUUCUUCGUCCUGCUGGUGCGGCCCUCAGAUCAACGACCAACAGACUUUCCCCAGUUUUCUCUGCCUGCUUUAUUAACAACAUCACCUGAGACUCAGACACAGAUCAUGUGGUUUUUAUAUGUAUAUUAGUGUUGGUCUUUCAUCUGAUGGCCCAGUCCAACUCUCUGCCGCUGUGAGACCAAUCAGAGUGAAGCACGUCGAGACCCAGGACGGGCUCUAACCCGCUCCACCUUCAUUAGCUACCAUGACUAUACAGUAUAUGCAUUUUUUAUAAAGAUAAACAAAUGUACAGGGCAGUUUAGGUAUAUAAUGUUCUUCUUUUUUUUUUUUGCUUAAAUAUUCUUAUUCACAGAAGAUGUAAGAAAGUCAGUGCAUGAUGAUGACGAUGAUGAUGAUUCCUCUCCUACACUUUUUUUUUUCCUGUAAAUUAUUUUGCUGCCCUUUGGUCUUUUGCUUCUGUCAAAUUUUAUUUUUAUGUUCAGAAUAUAAUCUACAAAAGGAUAAGGAUUUAAUUUUUUUUUUGUCAGUGUUUAAUUUAGUAGGCAGAGAAAAAACACAAAGGACUGCCAAUGGCCCCCUCUCUUUAGAAAGCAACAACAUUAUGAGAUUGUAAUAAUAUUGAUGAUGAUAAUAAUAAUAAUGGUUGUUUUUUUUGUAAAUGAUAUUUUAAAGUUAUUUUUGUAUACGCGGUUGUUUGUUGCCGUCACACGUUCACUUCUUUUCAUCACCAUUUCUGAACGUUUCACUCUUAAAUUUGUGUCCCGUCCUCCUCCUCCUCUUCCUCCUCCUCCACUAUUCUUCUCCUCCGUCCUUGUUUCAUUCACACAUCCUCUAACUUUUGACGGUGGCCCAAACUAACAUAAAAUGCCAUAAAAACAUCUAGAGAAGAGGCUUUUUUUUUUACUGCACAGCUUGGUUUUUCAUAACUUCUUCUUUCACCACGCCCCUCUCUCCUCCAUCAGCUGCACACUAGCUUCGAUCUCAGUUGAAAAAAAAAAGUCCACCCGUGCCUUCGAGAGAACCCAUCCUCCUUAUUCCCUCUCCUCUUCUUCAAUCAUCAUCAGUGGCUUGAGCGUGAGUGAUUUGAUUCGCUGCUGCUUGCUCGCUCAUCGCCUCCUGUGGGACUCUCAGUCGGCCACGCCCUCCUCCCGUCGCACACACACACGAACACUCACCUACACCCAAAAUGUUUGUAUGUUGCAGAAAUCAAUCAGUAAAAAUGAACAUUGAGUAAAUUUGUGUCUCAGUUUUAUUUUUUCCACACAAAUCUAAAUUAAAACAAAAAAAGUAAAAAAAAAUUCAAAAAGUGUCAAUGUUUGUAAAGUUUUUACUUAAAGCAUUAAAUUAAAUAAAUUUAAUAGUUUAAAAGCUAGUGAUGGCUUAAAAGCAGCAACAAAAGAACUGAGUAUUAACAGUUUGUUGAAUAUGUAAAAAAGGAUUAAGCUAUUAAGAUAUUGAAAUAUUUUCAACAAAAUUUAAAAAAAAAGAUUUAAAAUUGGCCCAUAAUUCACAAUUUUUUUGUCAAAAAGGUACCUAAAAAUACAAGAAGUGUGUCUAGAAGUUACCUAAAUACAAGACAAUGGUUAAUAUUGAAACGAAAACCCACUUCAGCUUAUGACUGGCUAAAGGCUAACCAGAAAAUAGGUAAAAGCUGUGACAAUAAUAUAUUUCCAUAAAAUAACAUGGAGCAAUUGAUGAAACUGACGUGGAGAAAGAAAAGCAUUUUUGCCACUGUGGUAAAAAGUCCAGAUUAAUUCCCUACCCUGAAGUGCUCUCAUAAAACCAUUAUUAGUCCAGUCAAGUGGCUAAUCCAUCACUUGUCCCUGAAGCCACUUAAACUACUGUAUAUUAUAAGUGUGUGGAUAGCAUAGUCCGUGAACUUUUUCUCCUAGUAAUUCCACUGAUUGUAAUUUGGUGGAUGGAUACACUUUAUUGUUCGUUGUGAUAAGGAAAAUGUAAUAUUGUGUUUGUUUUUUUCUCUGUGCACACAGUUCCAGUCAAAUGCAGCUCAAGGACCAGACUGAAUUCUGACCAGAAUAUUUAAUUACCGAGGGCGAGCAGAACCGAAACCGAACAGCCAUUCACAUGACCUUAUCACAGAGGACGAUAAAGUGUAUCCAUCCACCAAAUCAACGUCAAUGGAAUUGUUAUGCUAAAUGGUUAUUUUUUUUAGCAACACACACAGUGUUAAUGUGUUGGAAUUUACAUGUACACCAUAUUAAUUUCACUCUAAUUAUAGAGAUGACGUUAAGAGAUUAUAAACUUUAUAACGUUUAUGCUUUAGUACACAUAUUUAUAGCAUAACUCACACCUUCAUUAUCUAUGCAGCACUAUUUUCCCUGCAGCACACAUAUUCACACUGUGUAGUGUAAACUGAGCCAGGUUUCCAUCGUAUCUGGGUCGCCUCAGUUUUCCCAUGGAGCAGUUAUGUAAUGGCUUAUACAUAUAGCCAAUUAUAUGGAGUUUAUUUGCACAAGAUCGACAGCUGGUUUGUUAAGCUUUUUACAUUCUCACCUAUAUUUACCCUUUUUGUUUGUUUUGCGUAACCAUGGAGAGAUUGAGAGAUUAUUUGUCAUAGUACAUUGCUAUGCAAUUAUAUACUACUCAAAGCAGGCUUAUGUUAAAAAACCAACAGGAAUCAUAAAAAUACUGGAUAAAGGUCCCAAACAAAUCUCUUUUGGCCCAUCAAUGGUCCUCGAACCAGGCUUUGGUUAAUUAUGAAAACGUAAACAAGAACUCAGUCCCGUCUUUUUUUCCCUCCAUUUUUUUUCUUCUACGUCAUUGCUCCGCCCCUCAAUGUCGACCUGUCCGUUACACACCAGACCCGCCCCCGUCCUCUUUGCCUGCUGCACGACGUGCAGGAAAACAGCAGUGAGCCUCCGCGGUGGGGGAAGAGAGUAAAUACAAGCUUCAAGAUGGCUGACUCUCCGGAUUCUGCUCACCCUACCGGAGCUACGGCUGACACCGUUGCGGUCUCUUCGUCCAAAAGCCCGCUCGUCAAGCCGUCGAGAUCUCAGUCUUCCGGGGAUUUCAACCUGCCGCCGCCCAAAAAGGUCCGAAUGGAGGAGAAGGGCAUGAAGCCUAAGAAAGUCUGCAGAGACCGAGGAGUGGGAGGCAGCGGCAAAGACAAACUCAAGCAGCCCGCCAAGCAACAGUCGAGUUCCGGCAGCAGCCUUGCUGCGGUGUGGAGCUUUAGUCCGGUGAAGGCACAUCUGCCUGGACCCCAAACACCGACCAAAGUCUUCAAACAGGCCGAUAUCUCUCUCCAAAAAACGGCAUCGCCCACCUUCUGUUCACUGAAGCCGAGUAGAGACGGCAAACCGAGGGAGAAGAAGGUUAAAGGAGGCGGAGAGGAGAAGAAUAAACGGAAACUGGUGUUUUCCUCCACAGUCGAGACGGAUAUUAGCAACAAUAAUAACAACAACAAGGAUAUCAGAGAAUUUCAGGACAUUUCAGCGGUGAAACGGGAUAAUGGAGAAGUCACACCGCUACCCAAAGAGCACUUCACCAAGGACAAGGCGAAGGAGAGGGAGCGAGACGAGAGGGGGGAGAAGAAGAAGGUCAAAGACAGGGAGAAAGAGAAGGAGAAGAAGAAGCACAAAGUGAUGAAUGAGAUCAAGAGGGAAAACGGAGAAGUCAAGCAGCCCAUUAAAGAUGCAAAAGAGAAAGCCAAGAUUAACUUGGAGGAGCUGCAAAUCAAAAAAGUGAAGAAGAAAAAGAAAAAGAAACACAAAGAGGGGGAGAAGCACAAACGAGUGAAGAUGUACCACCGCUCCUGCCAAACCAUCUGUGCCGGCCUGCUUCUCCCCCACAAUGCAACUCCAGCCUCGUCCUCCCCGGCGACUGAUCACAUGAACAACUCCACGCUGUCUCCUUUUAAGACUCCGCUCCCGGUUUAUUCUUCUGUCAACAACAAAACAUCACACACUUCCUUCUUGCCCGCUCUUACCUCAAAGUCCCUCUUCAACUCCUCUCCCCACGCCAAUCCCGAUGCUCUAUCCUCCCCAUCUCCCUCCCCUACCAAAGCAGCACUACUGUCUCCAACUAAACUGCACCCACAGGGCAGCUAUCCCGGCAUGGCUGGCCUGGAGUUUGCCUCGUACAUCCACAUAGAGAACCAGCCCAAUGGCGGGGCCCUGGUGGCCCACGCCCACACUUCGCAGCUUUCCACUCUUUCAGCGAGUCAGAGGCAGAGAUUCGCUCAGGAGUUUGUCACGUUGGUGUUCAGUGAGGACUCAUCCCAGGCAGCUCAUUAUGUGAUGGGAAUUGUCCAUGGAGACGCCAGCUACCUGCCUGACUUUUUGGACUACUUCUCCUCCAAGUUUCCAGCAGCUCCGGUCAAAAUGGAAAUAUUGGGGAAGAAGGACAUAGAGACGACAACCAUGGCUCAUUUCUACUCUCAGGUGAAGAAGACGUACAGUCACGGCACAUAUCGAGCCGGAGCCAUGAGGCAGAUCAGCCUGGUGGGAGCUGUGGACGAGGAGGUGGGCAGCUACUUCCCAGAAUUCUUGGGCAUGCUUGAGGAGUCACCCUUCCUGAAGAGGACACUUCCGUGGGGAACGCUCUCCAGUCUGAGUCACAUGAGUCCAACGGAGAGUGACGACGGGCCCAUAAUGUGGGUCAGACCGGGAGAACAGAUGAUACCUGUGGCUGAUAUACCAAAGUCUCCUUUUAAACGAAGGCGCUCCACCAACGAGGUGAAGAACCUGAUGCAGUCUCUGCCCAGGACCAGUGAGCCCCGGGAGAUGAUGUUUGAGGACCGGACACGUGCCCACGCAGAUCACAUCGGCCAGGGCUUUGAGCGUACGACCACGGCUGCUGUUGGGGUGCUGAAGGCCGUGUGUGGAGACGGCUCUAAACCUGCUCGUGUAACCAAAGACGUUGUGUGUUUUCAUGCGGGGGAUUUCAAUUAUGUCGUUCAGAGGCUGCAGUUGGACUUGUAUGAACCCCCGCUGUCUCAGUGUGUGCAGUGGGUAGACGAUGCCAAACUGAACCUAAUGCGUCGUGAAGGCAUCCGUUACGCUCGCAUUCGCCUGUGCCAUGACGACAUCUACUUCAUCCCCCGCAACGUGGUCCACCAGUUCAAGACGGUGUCUGCUGUCUGCAGCCUGGCCUGGCACGUCAGGUUGAAGCAGUACCUCCAAGAAGACGGACAAAAAGAAGGACAAAAAGAGGAAGAGGAAGAAGAAGAAGAAGAGAAGCAGAAUCAAAAGGAGAUGAUUGUAGAAAUGAAGGAGGAAGAAGACACAGAGAUAGAGAUGAUAGAUGUAGUACAGAAGGAAGAAGUGAGGAGAGACAGGAAGGUCAAGAAAGAAGUGGUGAGAGUAAAAGCAGAGGAGGAAGAGAUGGAUCUGGCAGAAAAUGGAAUGUUUUCAGAUGUCAAAAAGGUGGAACAAGAUCCUGUUACUCCUCAACCUCUGCAUCCACCUCUGGUGCCUCAGCCUGUGCUCUCAGUGGACUUAAAGGUGAAAAGCACAGCUAAGAAAGAGAAAGAGGAGGACAAAUGUGGCGGAGUAAAAGGAGGAAUCCAAAAACAGCAGGGGUCACCUCCUGCAAAGACAAAAACACAACUUUCAUCUCCUCCUCCUCCUCCUCCUGCCUCUAAAACCAAAUCAACACUUCUUUCACGGACACCUCCUGUUUCCCAACACCAGGACACAAAACCCAAAGCAUCUUUAAAGCUCCAUCAUCAUCACCACCACUCAGAGAGCAGAAAAACAACUUCUCGAACACUCUUCUCUUCCUCCUCCUCAUUGUCCUCAUCUUUGUUUCAUUCAGAUCGCAAAUCACCAAGUUCGUCCUCCGCAAAACUUCCCUCCUCCGUUGCACCAACAGCUUCAUCCACGCUCUCUGUUUCUUCUCCACCGUCCACAUCUGUUCGAUUAACUUCCUCGUCAGUUUCAUCAUCGUCUUCCACGACUAGUCCAAAGUCUAGACCAGUCACGUCUCCUCCUUUCACUGCCUUCUCGUCUUCUCAUCUGUCUCCUUCCUAUCAGUUGGACAAACCAACGAAGACGGACUCACUGCAUCUUCAGUCUGAAGACGUUCACGCAGACUUAAAAACACAGGUUCACACGGAGGUUAUGGCACCUCCUGUGGACGUACGGACACACGCCUCACACUCAGACACAAGGACACACACAGUGGCUGCUGUGGGGGAUCAAAGGUCAGCGGACACGAGAACACUACCUUUCCAGGAAAAACGGAAUUAUGGUACUGGUACGGACUGCAGGAUCUCCAUGGACUCACAGAUCCGUGUACCACAGGAUGCAGGGAGGCCUGGGAUUUACACGCAGCAAUACUCUCCUUCACAGCACCUCCCACUUCCUCCAAUGCCAUCCUUCUCCAAUCUCCCCCCACACUCCCACCAUCCUCCCAUGCUCCCUUCUAAUCCCUUGUCCAACCCGUCCUUCACCUCUUCGCAGCCACAGACACUCAACUCCUUCCUGAUGCAAAACCAGGGAGUUCAUUCGAGUCAUGUGACUCAGCUUCACCUUCCUCCUCCUCCUCCUCCUCACCAGCCUGGCAUCACCACACAGUCUCAGCCUUAUUACCAGCCUCCUAUUGGCUCCUCUCUCUCCAGCUCUCAGAGCUUCCCAUCUCACCUCCUCCAUCAUCAUCACCAACACCAGUUUUCCAAACCUUACUACCCUCCUGAGCCUCCUCACUUCACCUCCCACCCCUUCCUCCCACCUCAGUCCUUCCUAAACCCCCAACUCUCCAGCCCGUACCCACUACAUCCAUCGCAGUACCAGACCUCCACACCAGGGCAGGUUCAGCACUCUAUGUCGCCAUCUUUUCCACCGCCUCCCCCUCCUCCAACAUCUUCACAAUCUCUGCCUCCACCUCCUCCUCCACACUCUCCCCCUAUUCCACCGCCUCCUCCCCCUCCUCAGCCUUCUCCCUCUGGCUUCUCUCAAAGGCAUGAGGAGAAUCGGUGACAGAUUUGAUCUUAUUUUUGUACAUAAUGCUGUUUUCAACUAAAAUGUGUUAUUUCGGUUGUGUUGAUGUAAAACAAGUGGGAAAAAAAGAAAAUAACAGGAAGAAUACAGAGAUGACAGUGGGCAGAAAAUGUUUGCACACCACUGAGGAUGCAAGGAUUUUCAAUGGAAAAUAAUAACAUAAAAAAUAUAUUUUUGACCUUUUAUCUGCAAAUUUUAUUUAAAAAACAAUAUUUAAAAAACAUUUUAGGUCCAGCUUUAAGUCAUGUUAAUUACAAAACUACACAAUCUUUCAAAUUGUGAAGGACAAACUGUGCUGCUUCUCGACAAUGAUGUUGAGGUUUUGUGCCAAAAUUAAUGGAAAACCUUUUCCAGUUCACUUUAAAUUAAUCUUUAAAGGGAAAGCCUCCAGUUCAUCAUUAAUGGCAUUUCGUAGACCUUGCCAAAAAUUCUUUGUUACUCCCCACAGAGCAAAUAUUUUCAAAAUGAUCCAUUUGACGCUUUAUAAUCUCUUCUGAUAUUUCUCACUUGCAGUAAAUGGCAAGAAAAGUUUCACUACAACAGCUGGAUAUUAUUCUGUUAAUUUUCAUUGGUUUGAUUAAGAUUUUCUUUAUAUCCUGAUCGAUGCCAUCGCCCAGUUUUAAAGUUUUCCUUCAUUAAACCACAUUGUUAUAUUUUUUUCUGACAGGGAGUACAGAUUAUAGGUCUCAUUAAAUCAGAUAACGUGUUGAAAACAAACCUCUUAUUCCAUUGUUUUACAUUGAAAUAUUCCUGGCAUUUUAACUCCGUGUGGACUUUUUGUGUCCUAUGUAUCAACAGAGACACAGUAUUUGGUGGAGAAGAGAUGGACUUCAUUCAGCCCAGCCUCAGGUCUAUGAUCACUUGUUUUUUAUUUUAAGGAGUUGUUGCAUGUGUCAGUAUAAUACUGGCCUAUAGUAAGGUAUGGUUACAUUUAAAGUCCAACUCUGAAAGAAGAGUCUUUUUUCGGGGUGAAACUGCUGUGUGGUUCUGUUUCUGUUAGAGUGAACUUCGUGCUCUCGGACACCUGAAGGUCUGCGUGCUCAGAGGUGAGAAGAAAAAGACUUUACUGUCAGAUAUUUAUAUGAAAAAAAAAAAAGGUCACAGUUGUGAGGACUUGUCUUCUGUGGACCUUUGCAGCUAAAGCUUCCAUAUGUGUCCUUUAUUGUUAUUUUGAUUUACGUUCUUUGUAAGACUCUUCCUGGAGUAACGAUGGGUCACACAGUGAACACUAAUUUAUAUAUGAACAAUUGUUAUAACUUAACAUUUCUUACACAAUAUUUCAGCAUCGGAGUUUGUUGCAGUUAUUUGCCCUAAUACUGUGUUUUUAGGAAUGAUACUCAGCAAUAAUCUGCUCAGUUUUGAAGUUGAGUUCCCAGAUGUCGUUACAGUGAGAACUGUCAGAAUCUUCUGUGAAUUCCUUAGUCGUUGAUCUCAGUCAUUUUGAGUCAUGUUGGCUUAAAUAGGACAGUGAAGGUCAUCAGGUACCACAAAACAUAUCGUUGUGUUAUCCAGAGUAUGCGUAGUCCAACAGGUCUGUGUUCACACUUGUCUUGUGUUGUUUGGUUUACCUGGAACAUUGAGAGUUGGCUUCAGGACAGUGUCCCAACUAUAUGGUCGGAUAGUCGAUUUCAGGCUCUGGCCUACGUUCUAGUCCUUAUUUAUUGUAAAACUACAACCUCCGUCCCAAACAAUUAGAUCAUUUUGUCAUUGGUCAGAGAGAGAUAAAAGUGGCUGGAGUCUGAUUGAAGAAAAAAAAUCAGAUUGUGCUUAAAGUGAAGGCUAUUUUUAUUCAAAAUGGUGCCAAAUCAUGCCUGUAGAUUAUAUGCAGUGACAAACCCAAGUAAAGAGCAGCUAUUAGACCAGAAAGCAGAUCUGAACCACAGAUAUUUUGAACCACAGCAUAUCUUUUACGUUUUAGAAACUUUGCACGGAGAACCGUUUAACCAAAAUGUCACAAAAGUAUUUACUUCACUGUGACACUUGGGCUUGUUUAGUUGAACACAAUGGUGAAAUACUGGCAGGAAUUGUUUGUCUUGGUUGUACCUGAAACAGACAAACUGCAAGUGUGAACACACCAUGGUAGGACAAAAUUUAAAGAACAAAUGAAAAGUUUUAAUAUUGAAAACCAAUGCUCUUGUUUUGAGGUUUUGCUUCCAAAACCAGGGUGGUCUAUAAUCGUGCCCCAGAAAAACUAACUGACUUUUAAAGGAUCCAGUUUGUAGAUGCUCACUCAACACUCCUCUGCUUCGAGCUGAGACGGAUUUCCAUCCACAUCUACCUGUUGGGGCAGCAGAGUUAGAGUCUCAGGAAAAAUUAUGGAUUUGAUUUGAUUUCAAACUGGAUCAUUGUAGUGAUAUUCACUCUGAAAUAUUAUGUUAGAAUCUACUGUCACUACAGUUUCAUCCACAGCAGGAAACUUAAAAAACAAAACAAACCCGUCACUAACGUGUUUAAAAACCCUUUCUAGCACUUUUUACAGCUAUGAUUUGAACACAGCUGUUUGGAUUUUAAAAAUAUAUUAAAAAGGAUUUUAAAAUUUUAAAUAUAGAAUGCAUUCUUGGCUUUUGAAAAAGAUAGAGUUUAUUUCUUAUAAUCAUAUGGUUGACUGUCCAACACUAUUCACUGUAUGUAUCAAACUGACGUCCAAUUUCUCUGCAGUGUAGAGCCUCCUGUCUGUAAAAAUCUAUUAUUUAUUAACCAGGGACUGAAGUUACUUGUCUUUAAAAUUUAUAGUAAAUUAUUAUUGAUGUUCUGUUUGAACUAUGAAGAUUUAUUUUCCAAUCAAACUCUUCUAUUUCACUGAGAAUGAAAUUAUGAAAAAAAUGAUUGUGUUGUUUGUUUGUUUUUUUUUUAAGUCAUUGGAUUUGUCUUGGAUUGACUUCACGGAUGUUGGAAUGUAACCCACUUGCUCAUGUAGCCUGCAGCAUUUCUCCAGUGCCUGUCCUUAACUGUGAACUGCUGAAAUGGCGCAGAGCCAUAGAGAAACCUCCUCCCUCCCUCCCCCAGUUUCCUCCCCUCCCUAAGUCUGAGGUUCAAAUUCUCACUGGGAAUCAACAAUUAAGCCUUAAAUUGUCACUAAAACAGUCACUUCUCCUCUGAAUGUUGUCACUUCCGAGGUGGAGCGUUUCCCCAUGUGGUCCUGAGAAGAGCUGAGCUAACGAUUUAGCACUUGAUUUACAAAUUCCUCCACAGCUCUUUUUGACACUCCUGUAUUCCAGACGUUUCACAAAGUGAUGAUAGGAACAUGAUGAUUAAAUUAAAAAAUAUAUAUACAGUAUAUUUUUUUUGUAUAAAUAUGACAAAUAUGAUGGUUGAGAACAAUUUGUCUUUUGUUUUCACAUUCGUUAUUUAUCUCAAAGUUUUAGUUGGAAUUUUGUUUUUCUAUUUUGGGUUUCUGUGAUUUCUAAUUGUCAGCACUGUAGUAUAUAUAAGAUGUUUUGUAAAGAGGAAAAAAAACUUGUAGUGUGGUUUCUACUUGGAUUCAAUAAGAACCUCACUAAUAAAAGGUUCAAUGUAAAAAAAAAA